UGUUUGGGUCGUCACCAACCCGGCCCAGUGCGCAGGCGCGGGAAAGUUGAACUAAGAAAAGAAAGUUUAUACAAGUUCAGUGGAGGAGGUGGCGGCGGCGGGGCCCGGGACCAGGUGCCCCCAUGGCAGGCUCGGAAGAACUGGGGCUCCGAGAGGACACGCUGAGGGUCCUAGCUGCCUUCCUAAGUAGGGGUGAGGCUGCGGGGUCUCCCAUUCCGACCCCACCCAGGAGCCCUGCCCAAGAGGAGCCAACAGACUUCCUGAGCCGCCUUCGAAGAUGUCUUCCCUGCUCCCUGGGGCGAGGAGCAGUUCCCCCUGAGUCCCCUCGGCCUUGCUCCCUGCCCCUCCGGCCAUGCUAUGGUUCAGAGCCUGGCCCAGCUACUCCAGAUUUCUAUGCCCUGGUGGCCCAGCGGCUGGAACAGCUGGUCCAAGAGCAACUGAAAUCCCCACCUAGCCCAGAAUUACAGGGUCACGUACCCACAGAGAAGGAAGCCCUGCUGCGAAAGCUGGUGGCCUUGCUGGAGGAAGAGGCAGAAGUCAUCAACCAGAAGCUGGCCUCAGACCCCGCCCUGCGGCGCAAGCUGGCCCGCCUCUCCGCUGGUUCCUUCAGCCGCCUAGUGGAGCUCUUCUCUAGCCGGGAGGGCAACCCUCGCCCAAGCCAAGCACGCCCCUCGCUGCCGUGCCCCGGGCCCCCACCGCCUUCCCCGGAGCCUCUGGCCCGCCUGGCCCUGGCCAUGGAGCUGAGCCGGCGCGUGGCCAGGCUGGGGGGCACCCUGGCCGGUCUCAGCGUAGAGCACGUGCACAGCUUUGCGCCCUGGAUCCAGGCCCACGGGGGCUGGGGGGGCAUCCUGGCAGUUUCACCUGUGGACUUGAACUUACCCCUGGACUGAGCCUUUCCUCAGAAGCUGCUACAAGAUUGGACCUCAUGUCCCUGCACUCUUUUUCCAAGCCUUCCUAUUCCACUCAGGGCUGUGGGGUGGUGCCCACCCUCUCUGUUUUUGCCAAAAAAAAAAAGUUUAAAAUGUUUUGACAUUAAAAACUUUUUAAAGUA